CUAUAUGCCGAGCUGGUCAUACAUAGUGUCAUUUUUAGAGCUGCCUAACGACAGUAAGACUAUUAUGAUUUGUUAUUUUGGUGUCGAGUUGUUGAAGAUAUAAAUUAAUUCUAGUGAAUGAGUUAAAAUGAGGAAAUAGGUUGAUUUAAACACAUUAAGUCAUCAAAGGAGCACGAGCUAGAUUAAAAGUGGAGCACGAGGCAAACACGCAUGUGCACAAAGCGCGCGCCCGUCUCCUACUUCAACAGUGAGGAGCUGCAGCACUUCUUAAUUGGUCUCCGAGAGUUUGAAUGACCCUCCAUCAGACUGCUGCGGAUUCAUGCACGGACGUGUAGGCAUCAAAGAAGAUGUAAUAUUAGGUAAGAUGACUCUGAAUUAUGGCAUGACUUUAUUUUUACCUGUGGUUUCCAUCACGUGAACUAAUAUAGCAGGUAAAUGUAAAUAAAUGACUUUAGAAAGCCAAAUACUAAUUACUUUCUCUACCUCCAAUUAAAUCUGGUUCUCCAGCUGUUGAAUUAAGAACAAACGUUGUGGGUAAUGUUGCCUAGAAUAAUGUGUUUCUUGUUUAAAUAAACAUUAAUUAGGUCUUUUACAGGCAGUAAACAGCGAAGCAACAGCCCGGCUUCAGCAUGUUCAGGGCAGUGUUUGGGAACAAGAGAGAUGGAGGAGGAAAACGAGGAGAGAAAAAGAAGCAAAGACACCAAGGUAAGAAUAAAACUUGUGAAACUGAGUAAAAAAAAGCAGUAUUAACUGACCUCAACUUAUCCUAGUCAUGUCUUAAUAACAUGUUAUCCAUUUCUACAACAUACCUCUGUUCUCUUUCCCCAAUAUCAUAAAUCUGCAUCCUGUGAAAUUUAUUGCAUUCUUUAGGCACACGUUCUAGCAUUAUCUGAAGGCAAUAUUCAGGUUCUCUUCUCUUGGGUGAUUUAAGUAGAGCCAUUUCAAUUAGCCUAAUUCAUCAGUGUGUUCUGUCCUUCACACAGUGUCCCGCUGCUUGCAUUUAAAGUGUGUCAGGAGAAGUUAGAGUGGGUUAGGCAAAACAUCAUGACCCACUAAAACCAUACCAAAUUUGACAAGAAUUUCAGUGUCGACUCCAGCUCAACAAGAAGAUCCUGCACACUUGUUUUCAAUUCUUGAAUAUCCUGCAAACAGUCCAAAGGUACUUUUGGACUGUCAUGUGUUUAAACUGCACAGUGCAACCUUUUUCUGUUGAAAUGAAACUAAGAUGUUGGUGUUUUUCACAGGGUAGUGCUUGUCGACCUGCUGCAGUAACAGGGGCUAUUUUCGACCACACAGUGGAGAUAGAUGAACAUAAGUAGAGCUCAGUAUUAGAGCAACCAUGUUGCCCAUAAAUAUUUUAUAAUUUGCUGCUCUGGGUAUAGCAAGAACAGAGAGGAAGAUAGAGAAGUGUGUCAGUCUCAUUAAAAUGAUAUAGUAUGUUUACAGUACAUGGGGAAGGCUCUGAUCAUUUGCAGUGAGAUACCAGUUCAUCUCAGAAGCUCAUCACGUAAUGUUUAAAGGCAAGAAUCUUUAUGUGCUAUUAGGAAUUAUUAAACAGCCUGUAAUAUUAAUUUUAAUAGUUGGCAGCAGACCUGCAAGGUCUUGUUUUGCCCAUGGUGAUAACAGCAAACUCAUUUAAGACAGAUGGAAGUGAAUAGCUGAAUUAUACCUAAAGGAGGACUACAAUCUGGUAUAAGCAAUAUCAGUAGCAAUAAGGUCUUUGUAAUCACCUAGCUUGGUGAGUUCUAAUACAUAAUGUCUGUUUAAAUACACAGGAUAAGGCUUAAUAGCUGCAAUAAGAGAGGACAUGAACAUGAUUUAAAUAUUAAAAUGAAAUAUUACAAGUGUAGCCUCUUUAUUGAGCCUGAUCCCAUUACUUUAAAUAGAUGUUCUGGUGUUGCCAACUUUCCAUUACCUCAUUCGGCAAUAUGCCUCCAAGAGAUGAUAUGUUCUCUCUAUCCCGGCCUUAUGUGAGACAUAUUUUAUACUGCUCUCUCUGCGAUAUGUUGAGUCUGCUCUAUAGCCAAACUUAUGUUCAUUCAUCUCAGACUACAACAACUCCUCCAAAACUGUCUAAAUGAGGUUACUUUAACAUCUCCAUCUUCUCUUCAUCAUCAUGUAGGUGGCACCUUGCAGAGAGACAGAGUUCGGCAUGCCGCACACUACCAGGACCACAUCAGUGGUCACACCGAAAGCUCAGGGAAUCGUAAGAGACUGGCAAGGGGUGUGUCCAUUUCUUUGCCGUCCUCCCCUCUUCUCCCUCGCCCUGCAGACGUAGUUCCCUCGCAGUCAUGCAUCAAAUUCACAGGUGGGUUUGAUUGAAUAGUGAUCAAAACCAAGCGAAGUGUCAGUAUAAACUGAGAAUGACAGGAGGCUGUGCGUGAGGAAUUAGCUUCAGAAACAGCAGAAAGCUUUCAUGGGCUUGUUUUGUUAAGCAGGGAGAGCUUCUGUGAGUUCAGCUGUUUCAUGUAUGUGACAGCAAAUACAAGAGCAUACAGACUGUGCCCCCCAGGCUCCGAACCAUGUGACAGACUGUCAGAGUAAAUGAUUAAACAAGAUAACUUAAGGCGAACAACCCCAAUUAAGGGGGUCCAUUUUGAGAUCAUUUGUUAGUUUAGAUCAGUUAGAAGAUCUAAUAAGAUCAUGCUCAAAGAAAACUGAUUGUCUCCUGGGAAGAAAAUACUUUUAUUUCACAGCAUCCAAAGGAAAAUGUUUCUUAUUGUGUCCUGUUGGUUCCUCAUAUAGUCAUGCAAGUGUACCAUAUGUCCCUGACCACACAUGUAGCUGUAAACUGGGGCACACAUUUUAUCCCUAAUUAAAACUGUUGUCCCUAAACAUUUGGCCAACACUUUUCUGUCAUGUGUGUCGUCAGCUGUCAAGUAUAUUUGGAAUGACUGAAAAAUUGUCAUCUUUUAAGUCCACUAGGUUCAAAAUGACGUCCAGUGCUGAGUAAAUCUCUGAUCUAUAAACAUGAAUUCCCUUGAUAGAAGAUACCCUUCUUCACUGUGGGGUCUAUGGCGUUUCCUUAAUGUCAUUUGUUGUGAAAACAGCAUCUUAUACUCAGGAGAAAAUUAAAUCAACCAGCAAACAUAAAAUAAACUGCCAAAAGUUUAAAUACCUGCACACAAAGGCUGCUAUAGGAGACAAAACCUGGAGUAUGAACCUUGUGUUCCAGGUUUUUACAUCUCAGUUGUGUAACUUAAAUAGUGGUCCAUGAUCCAUCAAAAAUAUGUAUAUUUUUAUGAUUUUUUUUCUAUUUUCCUGGGUGUCUCCGGAGAAAAACAAAAUAAACUACUAUAAACUCAGUUAAAAAAUAGUGACAAAUACAUUCAUAAACACUUUCUUAACUGCACAUACACAUACCUUUUUAAAUCUAUUCAUUUCGAUUGUUUGAUUAAAGGUGCAUGGAAAACUUUCCCACAGUUAGCAAAUGAAAGUGAAAAAACAUCACAAAUAAAAAAUAUCCUUCAGUUUAAUUGAGGUUAGUUAUACAAGUAUAGACAGAAAAUAACAGUUUUGAUUUCAUUCUGUAGGAUGUCUGACAAAUUUUUUGUAGCUAUGGAAAUAUUUGUUGUUUUUAUCAGAGGUGAUUAUUUUCCCAUGCACAUUUCUGCACAAGUUAAAACUGUAAAUAAAUCCUAUAAAAAACAGGUUUUGUAACUGAGUACUGGCAAUAUCAGUAUUAAUGUCUAUUAGCAAUACUAGGUCAUUAAAAUAUUGAAAUAUUAAAAUAUUUUAAUCAUAUCUAAUGUCAUACUUGUUAGAAGCUUAUCAACCAGACUCAUUUUAACUUACUGGGUCAUCAUCUGAUAAAAGCACUAGGUGGCAGUGUCCUGCAGCAAGUACAGCCAUUCAGAAAAAAGGUGUUUCAUUUCAUAGCAUGCAGCGCUGCCUCUGUUCCCCUGGCUACAGAGAGCGAACAUGAACUAAAAAAAAAAACAUCACAGCAAGUAAAAAUAUUUACUGUCAUGGCAUUAUUACAUCUGGUGGUUGUGCACAAACAAACAUCCAGCUGUUAGUCCGACUGCACAGAGUGUUACAGAGUUCAUUUACUGGAUUCAAAUAUCAAAUAACCUUGAGUGUAGAAUCAUCUCAUCCUUGUGAAUGAUCUCCAGCCUAAAGAAUCGGCACUUGCAGGAACCCUCCGAUGUUGUUGCAUAAAUGAAGACACACCCACAUGCAUCAAUAAGUGCGCCGCUGUCCCCGCCAGCACAAACACACAUGCACACACAGAUUAGCAGCGUUAAUACAUUAUAGAUAAACGCCCACGGUACAGUGAAUAUUGUACUGUUUGCAUGUAUAACUCGCACUCUGCACAUACUGCUUUAUACUCAUGGGACAAAAUUCAAAUUCUGCACCACAGAUCUCAUCUGGGGAAGCUUAAUCUCUCUCUCUCUUCCUCCCCCUCUCUCUCUCCCUCCCUUCUCUCUCUCUCUCUCCCUCACUUUCUUUCAUAUCCCUCCUUAUCUCCACCCUCAAUCCCUCCCUCCCGCCCUGCCUGCGCUCCCUCCCUCUGCCUUCUCCCUCUCUGCUGUGGCCAAAGGACGGGUAAGGAAGCCGGAGUAUGUGGAUGGCUCUUCCAAUGCAAGAGAACCUCUUGUCUUUGCCUCGUGUCGUGGCAAGGCAGACCACAGAGGUGAGAAUGAGAUCGUGUGGGUGUGAUCGUAGCGUCAUGUCUGUUUUUCCAGGUAUUGAUCAGGGUGGCUGAAUGAGAAUGAAUGGGGUAGAGGUGAAGGGGGGAAUGAAUGAUGAGAUACAGGAGAAAGUGAACCUGCUGUUGUAUUUUAAUGUCAUCCAAAGAUGUUUGCAUCAAGUUUUUUUCUCUCUCAGAUGUAAUGUGUGUGUGUCAUCCUCAGUGUGGUAUUGAAAAAGGGUUUGUUUUAUCACAGUUUGUCAUGACUUCCCUGCAUGUUUCCCCCACAGCUCAGGUUAGAUUAAAUGAAACACGGUGUGAAUACUCAUGUUUCCCUCAGCUUUCUCUGUGUUUUUGACCAAAGGGCUACCCUUAGGCUUAACAGAUUUUUAUGAUGCUUCUUCCAUCCCGGUUGCCAGGCACCUCUCAGCUUCCCGUUUCCAAUAGCAACUGCUAGGUGGUUUGAUGAAUAGUACUGGACAUUCAGUGUGUCCUCAUGUUACUCCAGAUUGGAUCGCAGGGCUCUGCUGACUAAAUGCAAAGUUUUCUCUCCUCCCCCUCUUGCAAAUACACAUCCACCCUUCCUACCCACCAAGUCCUCAGCAGCUUUUUUUUCUUCAAGCUGUGAAGUGAAAAGAGUUAUGGACAAAAGCCAUAGCUGAGGGGCUUCAUUGAGCAAGAAUCACCAAGCUUCCCUCUCAAAAUUGACCUUGGUUCUCUCAAGAUCUUCACAAUGGGGUUGAAUGUAUGAUUAAUUGAUGCACUUUCCUUUGAAAGGAGAACGUGAGCAAGAAAGACAGAAAGAAUCAGAGGAGGGAGUGUGAGAUGAAUGUGAUUUUUAAACGCAAAGAUGUUUGUGAGGAGGAAUGAGCUGUUCCUGCAAUCCGUGAUGUCCUGUCAUCUUGUUGAUAUGCCUACUCAAUAUUCAUGUUCCUCAGCUGAUAGCAGUACAUAGGUGAGGCGUGAGAACAGAGGAAUCUGUUUGUGCUGAGAUGCGCUGUGAGAGCCUUGCUCCGCAGAGAUGAGUAUGGACCUGAAGAGGAGCAGGGUCGGAGGUCAAAGCAUCAGGGAGCUUUAAACAGUGAUAAAUGAAUGCAGCACAUGGCCUGUGUCAGCCAAUCUCUCCAGGAGCAACAGCGUAGGCAGAGCUGAGACACUCCUUCUCUCUGCUCCAGAGUCGACACUGGGCUCAUUGAAAUUCACAACCAGUCUUUUAACCAAGAGCACCUGGCAGGCGUGUGCACAGGAAAACUCACAACCUCACACAACCUCUUGCUGCUGCCUCAACCGGGGGACUGGGAAGCCACAGUCUGUGCAUCCGUAAUCAGGGCAGCUGGGGCUGUGCUGACCUGUGGAUGCACACAUUUCUUGCAGUCCACUUGCGACGCUGCUGGCUGGGUGGGAACGUCACAGGCGUUAGUUAGAUGUCGGUCACAUCUGGCCUGCCGUGUUUCCAUUUGCUCAUUAAUGCGUGUACCCUGAACGUGUGUGUGUGUGUCUUCCAGACCUCCACGUGGAGCCACAGCCGGGCUCCUCCCUUUCUACCCAGGAACUGAUGACCAGACUAUGCUUCUUAUUGGGAGAAGCAACGCCUGGCACUGCUAGCUCUCCUAUGGAGGACAGGAGGGAAAAGAAGGUAGGGCAGCGUAUUGAUUUACUGGCCUUUUGCUGUCAUGUCAUAUAAAAGACGAUGGAUGGUUUAUGAACCACCUUUUCUUCAAGACCUUUCAAUGACAACAGAAUCUUAUCCUCCAUCCUGCAAGCACUAUGAAACUCUGAAGAUUAGUUAAUAGUUUUCUUGAAAUAUUUUCAUGCAUUGAAAUAAAUCUUUGGAGAACUUGUUUUAUUAAAGCAGUUCAAUACCGCCAGGAUAUUGAUCAAUACAUGAUUCAAAGCCUCAUUAAUCGCGUUGCUAUGCUUCUGCGGGUCUGAACUCACUUUGACUUUAUACUAUCUGUAAUAGAGUUAUUGUAUGUGCUUGUGUCUCUCCAUCUGUAUGCCAUCAUGUUGCUCAGCCUUGGCCCAUUUUCUCAGCCUCAUUCCACCACCUGAGCUCCAGAUUCAGUCAGUUUCACAGCGAUAGCGAGGCUCAUAUGAGGAAUGUGGGUUGUCCUGGCUAAGAUAGAUGAGGCUCUGGUAUAAAGGGAAUAACAGUGAGCUGCUUCAACUCUGCUGCCUGGUCUCCCUACAGUAUCUGCCUUGCAGAAAUGAUGCAUCAGUAAUGAGGAGACCUGAAAUGCACGUGAACAAACUGUGAGGAUGAGAAAUGUAUAUAAAAGCUACCUGCUCAGCGAGAAGAUAUAAUGUUUUUUUUAUCUCCUCUGAACAUUUUGUACCGCUCCUUAAUCACUGCUUUUGUUUUAUGAGUACUGAAAAAAAUCAUAGUUACAAAUGUAAGCAGUGAGCUCCAAUGUUUUAAAAGAACAGUACAAAAAAAUCCUAUCUAGGAGAUAAAGUAAACACCAAAUAUAAUCAAAAAAGAGGUGCUUUUCAACAAAACAAGACAAGCUCCCACCUUCCAAAAGAGUUUAACUGGACCAUUAUAAGAACUUAAGCAUAAACUUGAUCAAUUAAGAUCCUCAACAGCAAAAGUAAUUGCUAUGCUGUCAACAGCCCCAGUAUAUUUUGUUGGUGCACUCAUUAUGGAUAUUUAAUGUAUGUACAUUUCUGAAUGUUUGAAAAGUGGAUUUUUCAAAGCUCUUCUCCAUUUACUGUAUGAAUUACUGUUGAGAGUGAGUCGUGUUGCCUGUUUCAAAAACAAUCUCUUUUUCCUUUUUUUUUUUAGCUGGACUGGUUCUCUUUGUAGUUUCCUCCACGCUGAUGACUUAUUGUGCUCAAAUUCACUUUGUACUUUGCUUUCCUGUAGAGCUUUUCUUGCUGUUGCUAUGAAAAACUCACACAGUGCUAACUCCAAAAGGAACUGAAGCUAAAUCUCUGAUGCAGUAACGGACAUCGGAGUGGCACCUCCAUCCUAUGUCAGAUAUCACGCGCAAUGAAACAUACAAAUACUUUGGUACUCUGAGCUCGUAAAUUACUCAAUUAGAAAAUCAUUUUUACUGAUAUACCGAUUCAACAGUCUGAGGUCUGGUACAGGAUAAUGUUCAUGUUUGCCCAGUGAGAUACAGGUAAAUGUGUACAGUUGUUGUGUGGAACUGUAAAUAUCUGCAGCAUGCGAGAGAGUUUCUAAUACAGCAAGCUGUGAUGAAAAAUGAGGAAAAUGACAGGCACUAUGGAAAUAACUGAAAUUAUCCUUUCAUUUCCCAUCUGUGUGCACACACAGACAUGCUCAGUCGUAUGACAGAGCAGACGUUGUCAUACAGAGUGAGGAGCUGAUUAUGAUCAUUUAGUGUCCUUUUUAUACACAAAGGGAAGACUGAUGCCGGUUAAAGGUUAAAUGUGUAUUUUUAUUGUUCCUGGGUCUCUGCACACAUCUUUACUUUGUCUCAUCUUCAUCUUUAUCUUUCAGUGUGACUCCUCCGCUCAGGGGGGGAGUCCCAGCUCCACUCUGACCUGCAGCACCACCUCCCCCUGCUCAGAGAGCCCCUCUUCCACCUUGAGCCACAGCGCAGGGGGCCAGCCUUUGCACCAGCCUUUACCUUUACCUUCACCACUCUGCAGUUCCAGUACCAGCCCGAGCGGCACCCUUUCAAGCCCUGUACUCAGCCCGGCCCCUGGUCCGGCUACUGGAUCCAUCUCCAGGAGCAGUCCCGUGCCUCCCUCUCAUAGCCCAACCUCCACCUUGGAGAGCAAAGACAGUGGGAUCAUAGGUGAGCGCUACCGCUGUGUAUCUGCAGGAAAUCUUCCCCUAGUUUUCAGAUGAUUUAAGUCCACUUUGUACUGUUUGUGGUUUUCUGCUACAUGAAGCAUGUGCGACUGCAGAAGCUUAGCCAUGCAUCACUGGAAAUAAAAGGAGAAAACAGUGAUGGCUUAUUUGAUUUGAUGUCGAAUCUGUUAUAUUAUCAGAAAUCCCAAAUAUGACUGAUGUCACUCUAGAGCCACACCAACCUGAAUGGUGAUAGGAAGUUAGAUGCAACAGCAGUUUGUUGUAAACCAUUGUGUACUAAUACCCCACAGCUAGCUUCUCUGUGUCGCUUGGGCCACUUGAGCCUUGAGGCUUCAGCUCCCUCCUGUCAAAACUGGGACACUGCUGUCUUUGUUGCUUAUGGGUCUGAUUCUCUUAAAAUAGGACAUUUUUUUCUCUCUGAAUAGAGAUUUUAUUUAUAGUUAAACACGGAAGGUUAGAGAGCACAUCAGGUACAGUAAAACUGAUAGAUUGAUGAGUUUGGAGUGAUGAGCAGAUGAAACAGCUUGUUGUAUUUUAUUGUUUAUUAAGCAAACAGGAUUUCUUGAAGUUGAAGACAGCGCUUGUUUUGGUUUAAUUUCAGCUGAUAAGAGAAUCCAAGUAAACAGUUGCACGCCAUAUGGUCUUCUUAGGAAAUAUAACUUAGUUUUCAGUUCUUGGCUGCCUUACCUCACGCAUGUUUCCACUGUGCACCUCAGCAACCAUCACUAGUUCCUCCGAGAAUGAGGAGCGCAGCGCCUCCAGUGAGGUCCUCACAAAAGAUGAAGGCCUAGGAGGGGGUUCUGGUGCAGUCGGACAUGAAAGCGAGGACCGCCAUCCUGGACCGACAAAGGACAAUCUGACUGCCAAACAAGAUGAGGCCUUACCUAGGGCUGACAUCAUGGAGCCCAGGACUCCACCAGCACCGAAAAGACCCCUACCACAACACCACAUACACAGCACAUCCUCUCUUGUGAUGCAACGUCCGAAUUCUGUGGCAGGUACGUUUUUUUUUUUUAAUCCUUUUGUGCUUACUUGUUUUUGUGAGACCAUACAGGGACUGCUUGACAUAAGCGUGACAUGCUUCUUUAUUGUCAAGUUAAGAGCUUGAUAGAGGUGGUUUAGUUUUAUCACCUGCCAACCAAACUCAAAAUCAACCUGGUCAUUAGGGCACGGGGACAAAGUGGACGAAACAAACUGUCAAUCUCCAGGAAGAAGUUCAGUUUCUUUCGUGCUCUUCCAAAAAGUUUGACUUCCUCGUCCUUGUGCUUUCUGCGUUACUAAAAAAAAAAGCAUUCCCCUCUACAAUAUUUACUUGCCAUCCCAAGCAAAACUACCAAAGUGAAAGCAUUAAUAAAUCCUCCAAAUAACAACACCAGUGGAAUCAAACUGAACCAAUCUCUUUGCUUUUAAAAUAACAAAAAAUUAACGAAUGAUAAGACAUGAAAUAAUCAAAUUACACAAAAACUUUACCAGCUCCAACAAGUUUAAUAGAUUGAUUUACUUUGUGCAAUACAGAACUGGCUGCUUUGCGAGCAAGUGAACCAGUCUCUGUCCAAAGGGCAAAAAAUCUGCCAACACGCUCCUCCAAAACUCACUAAUUAACACCUUAUUAUUCCUCAAGUUUUGUUAUCGCUCAGGCGUUGUCAAAAAGGAAGUCAUUGCUCCCUGCCAGGAAAUAGUCUCAGCCCCCCCUCCCAAAAAAAAAAAAAAAAAAAAUCAGAAUCUUUUUUGUACCAUUAGAAAUAAAAGACGACAUAAUGUGCUAAUUAGUGAGCUGGUGAGUGAGUCGCUGAAGCUUUCAUUAUUUUUACAUGAAGUAAGUUGAUGAGAGUGUGAAUGUGACAGCUGUGACCUGAAACAGUUCUGAAAUAGAUUGAAUAUUGACUAAAUGACAAACUGAUUGAAGUGAUUGUUAACUUGACAUUUUGAAACUAUUCCUGUGGUACACAGAAAGCAUGAUUUCGUGACAGCUCCACGUGAUACAGGGAGAAUAAACUUGAUAGCAUGGUGUGUGUUGGUGCUUGACUUACCACUGAAGCUGGACACACACAGUGAGCAGAACCAGUUAAAUGUCCUGGGAGGAUUCCAGUUGUCAUACCCCCCCCCCCCCUCCCUUUUCCAGUCACGAUCCUUGCUAGUGCACAACGCUCUUUUUCUUCCCUUGGAUGUCAGUUCAUUUGUGGUUGAAGCAAAGGGAAAGAUUCCCCAAGGAGUGGAUUCACAGUAACGCCUGCCAGUUUCUUCUGUCAGCUGGUGCUUUCAUUUAGGCGCUCUUGAUGAAAUUCAGAAUAAAAAUGAGGCUGCCCUGUGCUGUAGCCACAAGAAUUGUACUCCACAAUCAGGACACAUUAGACCACAGAGUGAAGGGACGGUAUAUAUAAUAUCAUUUACAUUAAGACCAGAGCUAAAAAUACAUUGUGAUAAUUCCCAGAUGAAAACUGUUGUUAAAGCUGCAGUGUUAUCAGGGUACAGCUUAGAAAAUAGAUACUUCUUAUUAGUCCCAAGAGGCUGUUGUCUAUAUUUUAGCACAGAGACAAUCCUUGACAAUGUACGAAAGUGAACUCUUUUACAAUAAAAAUAAAUAAAUAAAAAUACAACACUAACAGCAGCAGAAAAUGUUCAAAAUUAACACAAGGACAUGCAUGAUUUAUUUAUAAAGAAAUGAAGAUGUUUAAUUUUGCAAUUAGUUGUUGCAUUAUUAAAUUCCCACACUAAUUGUGUGAGCAUGUGUCUUGUGCAUGUGCUUCACUGUCUCUGCUCGUUUACAUCUUCAUUACCAGAAUGUAUGUAUUAAACCUUCUUCAAGACAUUCAGGUUACCUGCUUCAUCCUCUUCCCUGCUGUGUAGACACUGGGGCUAUUUUGGCAGCAAGCUUUGUGCUCUAUGAUGUCUGUCAGAAGAAGGAGUUUUUUUUCUCUGUGAACAAGGCAGACACCGAGGAUGUGUGGAGCUGCAUCAACAACAGAUGCGAUGAUUAGUGUUGUCCGUGCUCUCAGUAUGUUUUCCUGAUGUUGAAAUUUGUGAGAGGUUCAUUAGGGGAUCCACGAUGCAGCAGAAGCAGUUUGUUAAAGGUCUUCAUUAUGUGAAAGGUCGCUGCCACUGGCCUUCCAGGGUACUGGAGCAUCCAGCUCUGGAUAAUGAGACGUUGCAGUAAGUUUUCAGAAAGGCACAGACCGUAUUUGAAUUCAAGUGAUGAGGAGGGGUUACACUACUUUUUGAAAUGCUUAACGCACCCACUCAUUUUCCAGAAGACAAAUAAAGGAUGUACAGUAUGUGGCUGUCAAAUUUAGGUCUUUGUCCAGUAGGCAGUGAGCUUAACUUAGCAUGAGGACUAGAAACACGGGAAAACAAGGAGCCUUCCUCUGUCCAAGGCCAACAGAAUCUGCUGACACAUUUGCAGCUCUCUGAAAAACAUAUCAUUGCUUGUUUGUUUUUACAGAGAGUGAAGUGUAAAAACAACAAUUUGAUGUUCUGCUGGAGUUAUUUCCUGGAUUUUUCCUCUUGGCUGGGGCCUGUAUCUACCUGCCUUGAAACUGCACAGUGCUGUCUUUAUACUUGAAAGGUUUUUAUUCAACAAUUACAGCUUAACUUAAGGUAACUGUUUUGGUGUCUUAGGAAAGAGCCACACUGGCUGUUAGCUCCAUGUUAAUAGCCUUAUUAGUAACAUGGAGCUUUUGUAUACCUAUGAGAAAAAGUGCAGUAUAAGUAAAACUGCAUGUCAGGUGAUCUACUCGACCCAUGGUGUUAGGAAGAGGGAAGUCAUGUGUAGAGAAGCUUGGUAUUAUGAGCUAUAAAUAAAUUACUGUCUUGAAUUAUCUCGACAUAAGAUUCAAAUUUGUUCCUGUCAUGUCAAUAUAGCUUUAAUUAAGUAUAAUGAGAGAUACCAUUUGAUAAGAUAUAUUUCUGUUUUUUGCAGAUGUUAUCCAAUCAGCUAGCUGCCAUGCAGUUGAUGGAAAGUUUAUAUAUAUAUUUUACCAUUUUUCUGCUCUGCUCAGCGAGAUAAUAAGCUACAGACUAGUGUUGUAUAUGUGCGAGUUAUCUGCUGUGUUUUUGCUGAUUUUAUGCUAUAAUGAGAUUCUGAGUUUCCUUUAUGGAUUACACAUUUGAGGACUAUAUUUCACCAUCAGGUAUGAAAUUUAAGAGAUACUAUGAGGCAAUGUUUUUCAUUCCCGUUAUAACUAUUUUGAUGUUUUAUUUUGUUUUGUUUGCACGCCUGCUUCACUCCUACUGCAGUGAUCACGUGUGAUUAAGAUGGCACUGUGUAAUAAGUCUGCUGAAAAUGUCACUUCCCAAGUGAAUAUUACAGCCCUGCAGUCUGCAAGACAACGUUUUAGUUUGUGUUCUUUGAGACUGUGCAGGACAGCACAAGAGUUAAUGUUGACAUUAUUUGUGGGUUAUUUGGUGUUGAAAGAUCUCUGUGUGGUUGCUGACAGAGUUACUGAGGCUUUGAGCCAGGGCCGCAGUACUGACCUUUAGAGAAAUCAAGGAUCAACCAAGGUUGUAGGACAAUCAACCUCUGUCCUCAUACAGGUAGAGGUGAGUGUGGGACAGGUGGGAAAGCAAAGUGUACAAUCACACUGUUUUUCUCAGGGCAGUAGGUUGAGUUGUCCGUGAGUCCCUGUGUGACACCAGCUGAAAAACCCAUCUUUUUUAACUCUUCCACUGUCUUCGUGGUCCACUCAUCCAUUUGGCCUGGCUGUCUUCAGCCAGCAGUCCUUCUCAGCCCACUCUACACCUCCUUCACACUGUUUUCGCUGCACACUGUUCUUAAUCCUCUCACUGUGGUGUUCUUUCAAUCCUCAAUCCUCCACUUCAACUCUUGCUUGACAAUCAAUGUAAUUUCAUUCCCAUCCCCAUCUCCUGAAAGCCUUUCCUACCUGUUGGAAGGGAUUUCAUGUCCUCACUGGUCCACUAUUUAUUAUUUGCUGGUCUUGAAUCUACUUCCUCUGAUCGUAAAUGCAGCGUACAUGCUGUGAUGACUUAUCUUGCAUCAAGGAGAGACCCUCAUUGCCCAUGGGUACCCAGCGGAGCAUGUUGCAUGAUCUCUUCGUGGACCUUUAAAUCAUAACAUUGCCACAGCAGGUUUCACCCCCACACUCUAACUCUGCUGCUGCAGGGUGAGGGACACAUGCAGGGAUGAUACAUGUGUCAGAAUAUGAUCUGAUCAACCUCUGAAUGGAGGGUAGAUUUUGUUGGAGGAAAUCUAGUGAUGUUUGUGUAACCCUAACCUGAAUUGUCAUGUUGAAAUAGCACAGUUUUCCCGUCUGAGCAAAGACUGAUUUAGAGAUUUGUCACAAAAAGAUGCUUAAAGAUGUUUCAGGCCCGCAUCUUUAGGCUUUGACCACAGGCUGCUUUAGAGGUUUAAGCCCAUAACAGCUUAUGAUGUAGAGCAGUCCAAACAGAUGCUCUGAGAUUACAGAUGUCUGCUUUUAACAUGGACAACACAUGAUUGUAGGCAGGCUGCUUCAGUUCACUGUGUGUUUGUUUGCUAUAUUUUAUUGUCUACUGUCUACUUGACCGGUUGUUUUACUAUAUUUUAUAGAUGAGUGCAAUGUGACUCAGGCUUUUUUUUAUCCCACUCUAAAGGGAUUAGUGGCAGCAGUAAUGCCACAUUUUGAGAUUUUACAGGAGGAUUUUUUUUUUAUAUUACAUCAAUGAAUGAAUGAAAUGGACCAACCUCUGACUCACCAUGUAAAAAAUAGAAGUUUUUGUGCCAGACUCCAUGUCUGCUCAGAGUGAGUUUUUUUUGUAGUUGGCUUUUGUAGUUAUACUCAGCAUAUUAUACUUUUUUAUACACAAAACUUUGUGUAUUUCAGCACAUUUAUAUAGAUCUGUCAUCUAAAUGAAUACAAUGAAUAAAAUGUUGAUGAGCGCAAUGAAGAAAUGCAAAAAACAAUGUCAAGAAUAGACCCUAAGGACUGCAGUGAUUGUUAUAUAGUUUUCUGCUUUUUGCAACUUGGAUCAGGCUUCCCAUCAUUCACAAGCAAAAAAAAACUUCAACAACCCAGAGCUAGAGUAGAAAGAAGUGUUUAACUUCCUUGAUGCCGAUCCAAUGAGAUGAGCAUUCAUCCAAGAACUAAUUUACUCAACAAGUCUUAAUUUAAGGAGAUAGACUUGUAUAUUUUAGUUCAUCUAAUUUAAUUCUAAUAAUCCAACUUUCCCCAGACUUUUAUAUAUGAUGGUAGGUUCCCGGGGAGUUAGUUGGUUUCCGUCUUCUGUGUGUAUUGUCUCAGAGGAAAAUCCUGGCAGUAAUUAAAUUGGGGCAAAAGCAGCCAGAGCAACAAUAUAGAAAUAAGAUGAAAUGCAGUGAAUUUAAAUAUCCUCGAGUGAUUUUUAGCCUCACUAAAAAUGUUGAGUUUGUUCGAGACUACUUGUUAUGUGUUGAAAUUAACUUUGCAACUCUCUCAGACUCUUUUUCCUGACGCUGCUCUGCAAAUGCAGAAAUAUGUCUGAGAUAUUUUGUCCACGAGAAUCACUUUAACCAUGUAGUGUAAUCAAAUACAAAAACAUUUGAAACCUCAGGCUCGAACAAAACAAUGGAAUUGGAUUGUCACGCUCUGACUCAGUGAUAACACCAAUACAAAUUUGAAAUGUCUGUCAGAUACGAUAUCCAUUGUUGUGGGUCUAUGGAUUGUAUUUCAAUCAAUUUUUUGGUUUCUAAUUUCUUGCGUAUUGGUAACCCUACUGUUGAUUUAUUAAAUUCAAGAACCAGCUGAUUAAACAAAGCCUGUUUCUGUAUUUUCCACAACAGCCUCGGCUCUGCUGACUGUCUUAAAAAUGCAGAAAGUAAGCUUUGCUGACCUGUAAACUCUGUAGCGUGAGUGGGUGGAUGGAUAGGCCAAUGUAGGAGUAAACAUCUCUGUCUUACUGGUUCUUGCCUUGCUGUGCGGCAUGCUCUUCAUUUAUUUGUCAUUUUGGAUUCUUUUGUGGAUCAUUUGGUCAUUAACCCUCUGGUUCAUAGUGGUCACUACAGUGGACAGCUACCACUCUUUUUCUCUUAAAUGCAAUGGUUUCUAUGGUGGAAGUGUAUAUCAGCCUCUAGGGUGCUCUCUACUGCCCUACUCCAUUGAGUUACAUUUAGUGAGUAAUCAGUGUAACUGCAAGUAAAUUUCCUACAAAUCCAAGAUGGCCGAGAAACAGCCACCCCUGCUGACUACAGCUGGCAUGUCCUGUCAAUACUUCUAUAGUAGAAGAACCCCAGCUGUAAAAAAAAUAUGAUGAUAUACUGUAACAUCUAAGGAAGGAUAUUAUCCAUUUGGAAUUGAAAAUUCCAUGUCCAAUAUGUAGAAAAUUACAAUUAACCAUGUGUCCAACUGAGUGGACAUCAUGCAUCACCCAGUAUUUUUUUUAACAGGAGUCAUGUAAUUGCUCCACUGGUACUUGUGGCUGUUUUGGUUAUAAAUCAGUGUAUACAGUGUAAUCAGUGUGUAACAGUGACCAAGAGUGGCUGCCAGAGAAGAAUAGACAUGUAGGGGCUGAGGAUGAUGGAGAUACAGACAGUGAGGGUGCAGAAAGGGUAGAUGCCUAUAGUCAAGUGGAUGAGGACCAGGAUGAUGAGAGGCAGGAUGCAGGGGAAGGUCAGCAUGAUCAGGGAGCUGUGGAAAAUGGGCACAUGACACCUGACCAUUCUCAAGCUCGCAAAAAUAUCUGGAAAGUCCAAGACAAUCACUUUGAUAGAGAUUUGCCUCCUUUUCUAGGAGAGUGGAAAUUCAAUGUGGAGGGAAGAGAGCCUAUAGACCUAUAGACCAGACAUCUGUUUCCAGCAGAUCUCAUUGAUGAUAUAGUGAAAAACACCAAGUUGUAUGCUCCCCAGAAAGGGGAAGAAAAUGUGGCAGUGACAGGAGAAGAAAUGCAGACUUUUUUAGGAAUCAACAUGAUCAUGGGCUACAUUCGUUAUCCCAGGGCACACAUGUACUGGUCUAGUGAGGAUGGCCUUCGUCUAGGGAUGAUUGCAAAUGCCAUGUCUGUAAACAGAUAUGAGCAAAUCCUGUGCUCAUAUAAAGCCUGUGUGCCAUUGUGCCCUGGAUGCUUUGCCAACUUUCAUACAUCCUAGGUGUGAUGAGCAGAGACAUGUUUGGAGAUGCAGGGACUAAAAUGUCAGUUUUUGUUGUUGAAAACAACAUGCCCGUAUAAGGGCAUGGUAAAAUCAGUCCUGAAUCUUUAUAGUACUGUGGGGACUUACAAUAUUGUUUCCAAUGUUGGAGAUAGUUUGGCAUAUUUUGGUGUACUGUACAUUUUACUGUAAGUUCAUAAUGUUUUGUGUUGAGUGCUCAGGCGCAUAUAGUCCACUUGAAUGGACACUUCUGUAGUUUUGUGAAAAAAUAACAUUUUUGGAAAAAAACAAUUUUACAUGUUCUUUUAUGUCCUGAGAAUGAUAAAAACACUUAUGAAAAAAAUCUUGAUCAGGGCUUUCAUAAUUCAUGCAUCAGAGGGUUAAGAUUAUGUGUGUAAUCCUGCAACAGAGAGCUGCAUGCACAUUUUUGCAUUACAGUCGGCGAUGUGUUUCUAGUGAUUAUCACAAAUUCGGUGCCCUGAUGUGUGAGACGGUUUGAAACAUUUGGUCGUUUCAGACUCUUGUUAGUUCGAGAUUACAGAGUGUGAGAUGAGUUUUUCUUUUCUCCCUCCUCUUCUCCUCAAGGUCGCUGAACAUUUAUCUUUCAGUGCAACAACUGUUUGUGUCUCGUGUCUCCAUGGAGACAAUAAUUGACUUGAGCAAUGAGUUUGACACUUGCGUGGUGUAUGUGUAUCUUUGCACAUUUUUUUUGCAUCUCUCUCACACCCUCAAUCCAUUGCUAACACACUCUUCUUUUAUGACAGCAUCCAGCUCCACUCGACUUGAGGAUUUGAGUUUUUUGGACAACCAAAGGGCUGCUGGACACAGAAGCUCUGUCCGUAAACACAACACAGCUGGGCGCACAAAUGAUGAGUCCAAAGGUACUUUGGGGCUUAACUUUAGGGGACGUAAAGUCAAAAGAGCUUCUUGCAGAAAUACAUCCCCACUGACACUGCUCAAGUUACAAAUUUAUCUCUUAUUUUAUCUUCUUCAGGGAGAUUGGUGCCAUUCAAACAAGCUGAUAUCAUGUUAAAACCACUGCUCUUCGAAGUCCCCGGCAUCACCACAGAAACACCUUUCGUAGGCCGAGAUUGGCUCUUCACACGCCUAGAGGAGGUCCUGAGGAAGACGAGCAGCUGCGAAGGCCGCGGCGCUGUCAUUGUGGGUAAUGCAGGAUCCGGCAAGACGGCUAUCAUCUGGCGACUGGUGACGCUCAGUUGUCAUGGCAUGCGCACGCCUCAGGGAGGUCCCAGCAUCCCUCACAGUCCCGGCUCCUCCCCGAAAUGUAAGAGUGCUAUCUUUACUUACAGCAGAGUCAUUUGUUUUUUAUGUGUGUAUCUCAAAGCGUUCGUUUGAGAACACAGAAAAAUGCUUGAAGCUGGAUUCAUACGUCCUCUGGAGUGUUUCAGUGAAGUCAGAUUCCUGUAAGAUAUUUGGAGAUAUAUCACUUUUUUUUUGGAAAGAGGGUGGUAUCUGGGUCACACACUCUUCUUUCAAGUUCUCCCCUGGGGUUUCUCUGCUGAUUGCAGUUGUGUAACGGGACUGAGAUUGUUUUUUUCUCCAACUGUGAGUGGCACUGGGAGUCUUUCUUGUGUUGAAAACAGAGAAAACAACCUCUCAUACCAAUGCUUUUGUCAUAAUUCACUACGAAUAGAUGUUUAAUGCUGUAACUUUUGUUCUUUUAAAAGCAGAAAGUUUAAUUAUUGUUGUAUAAUAGUAUAAUUUUAAUUUCCCAGAGGGACCCUUGCCAAAAGGAUCAAUAAAGUUCUAUCUAAUCUAAUCUAUAAUAAACCUUAUCUAAACUUUCUUCUAUAUAACAGACAGGUUAAGCAAAAAUAGUUUCUAAAAACAACAUAGUGCCAUUCAAUUUUCAGCAUGGUUGCAUUUUUCAUUAAAACCUGCACUCCUAUGUUGUCAUAUUAAUUUAGAUUUAACAGAGUGUAUAGCAUGAGGUGAGUAGGGACCCAGGCAUUGAAACAAGCAUUUGCUGUCUUGUGGAAUAGCUUAAUGCUUGGUUUCUAGUCUUGCUUACAGAUGCACUAAUUGAGCAGCAGUUUUAAUUGUGUUCCUUCGUAGACUUCACUGCUGACAUUCCUCAGCUUACACCAGAGACUGCAUCCGGCGAGUGUAAAUGGCAGCUUUGCGUUUGUUGUUGUUGUUACUCUGCGCUCUGUUCAGGUGGGGAUAAGCAGGGAAAAACUGCCUCCAAACAGCCAGCCGACUCCCAGCCCAACCAGAGUGCUGUCGCAGGAACAAGCGAUAGCGCGGCGCAGAGGAAGGAGGCUGUCAGAUGCUUAGCUGCCAAGGUAGCUCAAAACACUCACAACACACUUACGCUUGUGUUUCUAUUCUGAUGAGGACUCUUAAUUUCUUUCCCCCAACAUUUUGGAAACUGUUUUCUUAGGAUUAGUUUGAUCAGAAGAUCUAUGUCACGGUCUUGUCAAAAGAACAGUUAGCUGUGUUAGUAUGAAGUCCAGAAAGCCAACCCUCUGCAUACCGACACUUCUACAGCUCAAGUACUAACGCUGUAGCUUUUUGCUUUACCCCACAUAAAAAUGACAUCUCUUUAUUUAAAAGGAAGUUACAGUAUGUUCUGACCCAUUUCUCAUUAAGGAGCAGUUGCCAGGCAAUGAGCACAAACUCAAGGGAAUUUUCAUAGGACUGACCUCAGGACAUAAGUAAUUGUACAGUUUGAUUCAUGUGAGUAUUCAGCUUGAGAGAAGCUUGUAGGAUUAGUUUUUUAUCAUUGUUAUUAUUUAAUCUUUAAACACUUUUCUGGUGUUUGAAAGCUGGUUGUAAAUGUAGCUCCAGAUUCCAUUAACAGAUAUGAGGUUUGUAUGAUCCUCAUACUGAAACUCUCCACAACAGUGUAGAUAAAGAAAAUAAAUAUUGACCAACUUCUCUGAGGGACUAUAAAUAAAAGGGAAUUCACAUAGUUGAAUUACUCCUCACAAAAAUACAGGAGUAAACACACAUUUCCACACAACACAUUUGUGUAGUCAUCUUGUUGCUGAGCAGACUGCUGACUCACCUGCAGUGACUACAGACAAAAAGGAAAAAUAUGCUUUCACCAGAGGAGCGCCCUGAGAUUUCACUUCUUUUUAUGGCUCCUUUUGGUAGCCCCACAGAGUUUUACUGCACUCCACUAACCAGAUAUGUAAAUAAGGCAACACGGUGCGCUAAAACCUCACUGCAGGGUACAAUGACUAUAACAAAUCUCCAGCAAAGACAGGAGAGGGAUCAAUUCAAAGAGAUAAAGACCCAUCAGUGUUGUUGCUGCUCUUUGAAGAGCUCAGGGGCUACACAUUAGUGACACUCACAGAUUUUUAAUAUCACAGUGCUCUGUCUCUUUCGGGGCACAUGUAGAACAUGCUGGCGAUUGCAUCACAUAGAUGACAUGCGAGCUUCUAAAUUUACUAACUUGGCCUCAAUAAGAGUUUCCAUGGGAACUAGUCAGACUACUUGUGAUGGUGCGGAUGUGUUAAAAAGUAAGAUCAUUCACAGACCCCUUAUGCAGAACACUUAUGGUCAAGACUGAGACCCACUGUGUAUGUGCCCUAAACAAAGAGAACACUAUUAAAGAUGUGUGUAGUAAAUCUCUGCAGAAACACAACUACAAUUACAAGAUGUCUAAUAUAGAUCACCGAGGAAACAGUUACCAUUUAUCUUAAUGUGAACAGCAAAAAUCUCAGUCAUGCACGCAGUGAUAUUUUAUCUCUCAGACCUUUUUUCACUGUUUGUCUUGCUGCCUGAGUGAUCAAAGCUGUAUUUAUUUCAAGUGUUUUGGAGGCAUCCUGAAGUAAUAUGUCAAAUGAAGCUUCAUUGUUCGCUUUCUAGAGUGGAAACUGUGUGAUGACUCAUCUUCCUCGAUGGUUUCUGCAGAUUUUGACUUCAUAUCUUAAAUUUUUAUGAAAACUGUGACUGUUUUUACAUUAAUGAUCUAUUAGAGAGACUUAUUUUUAAAGUUGUUUUAUGGGAUAUGCAUGGAUAGGUUUUAAAAGAUGUCUAAAUUCAUGCAGUUAAUACAAUACUCAGAAACUUUUGACAGGUUUACCUUAAAUUAAUUAAAAGAAAUUGUUGAAGCCUGCAUGUGAUGUGCGUGACCUGACAGCAGAUAGAAACCCACAAGUCUUAAGAGUGUGUGCAAAAUUGCAAAGAGAGAUUUUCCUCAAUACCUUACUUAUUAUUUUCAGUCACUGAAGACCAACUUAACAUUCAUGUUUCCAACUCCAGCUUACUUAAGAGAAAUCUGGGCUGAGUGCAAUCCUUCCUCAUAAUUUCAAUAAUUUCUAUCACUCAUUUUUACCCACAAUACCAGAUAAUUUCAUGAAACAAACAGAAAAAUUCAACUUUUUGACAUCUUCUUCAGAUAUUUUCUGUUUUCUUUCUCCUGUCAGGUGGUUGCCUACCAUUUCUGCCAGGCUGACAACACCUACACCUGCCUGGUGCCGGAGUUUGUCCACAGUAUCGCUGCCCUGUUGGCCAGAGCGCCACAGCUCGCUUCCUACAGAGAGCUGCUGGUACAAGAGCCUCACCUACAAAACACACUCAGCCUUCGAUCCUGCGUCCAAGACCCCAUCGCUGCCUUUCGAAAGGGUGUCCUCGAGCCCAUGGCCAGCCUGCGAAAAGGUAAUGAGUUCUCCCUUUGCACCUACACAUUGAGACAAAUGGGAUAUUUAACUUUAAAGACCUUUAAAAUUUUAAAAUAGUAUCAGUUUCAAGGUGGAAAUCUGUCGGCUCCCUUUGCCUUGCAAUUAGGGAGCCGUCCACCAUCUCCUGUGUGAAAUAGCCCCUUAAUGACUCCAUGAUGGUCCCAUAGAUUAUUUUCCCCAGUUAAGGUCAGUGAUUUGAAACAGUUCAGAGUGUGAAGCAGAUGUUAGGUCAUUUACGUAGGGAAAUGAUGGGUGUUAUUUUUGCCCUGGUGAAUCAUCAUCAGCAGCCCACAGGAUUUCAAGGUCACAAAAUACUCCAGAGAGGUUGUGAAUGUUAGGGUCGUAUUAGUCAGCUCAGUUUCUCGUGAUACAGUCAGUCGACUAGAUUGAUGUGUUAUUAUGUCCAGGCACUCUACUGUCUGAGCAGAGGAGUGUUUUGUCUACUCCAUCACUAUUAAGCAGGUUAGAAAAAAUGGAGAGCCCUUGUGCCUGAGUGUAUGAGUCCUCGUGGGCAGGCAGGGCCGCACUGACAGCUUAGAUGAUUUGAAACAUGAUGGAUAUGUCCUGUUACGAGCUAAUAAACAACAGUGGCCUCUGGCUUCUUUCAGCGCUGUGUAAUCAAUAUGAGUGGUUAGUGCAUUUCUCAGCGUGCGUGUGCUGUUAAACAAUGAUGAACCCGUUUGAAGCCAAAUUCAACGUCAUAUAAAUCCAUCAUCGUUAUCCUUCUUUUAUGAUGUGCCAAUAACAAGACUAAUUAGAUGUAAAUGUUCUUCUAUAUGCUUCGUCCUUCUCUUCUGUACUACUUCUCUACUGUUUUUUUCAUGUGUGUUCAGAGCGAAGGCUACCAGAAGAAGAUUUUAUCAUAUUAGUCGACAGCCUUAAUGAGGCCGAAUUCCACAAACCGGACUAUGGAGACACCAUCGCCACUUUCAUUACCAAAAUCAUCUCCAAGUUUCCAGUCUGGCUCAAGCUGGUGGUGACAGUCAGGACGGGCCUGGUGGUGAGUGUGAUUUCUCUCAUUUCAGCGUUAUUGUUGUCUCAAGGAUGGACCAUUAGGCAUCACAAGUUUUUGAUGAUGCAGUCUCGCCUCCUACCUUACAAAGACGAGGUGAAUGGAUUUUUUCCCCUUGCUUAAAUGACUUACCUUCAGAUGCUCGCAUUUUCAGUUCUCUGAAUGUGACUGUUUGAAUGAACGGUUGCCUAUCUGUGAUUGAUAGCCUUUGGAUAGAUGGAUGGUCAAACAAAACUCAGACUAUGCUCACAGACAGAUCAUAAAAGACAAGGUUCAAGGUAGUAGGGGUGGGAGAAAUAAUCGAUACAGCACAGUAUCGCGAUAUUUUGUCUGGUGAUUGUAUCGUCUCAUUUACCAAGUAUCGAUUUUUCAAAUAAAUUGCUGAUGUGAAGUCAAAUCUAUGAUAAUGGAAAAAUAAAAUCAACUGUUUGUCCAGUGAGGUUGGCAAGAAUUACAUCAUAGAGCAGGGGAAAGUUAGUGCAAAAUAUAUAUAUAUAAGGUUUGCGAGAUGUGCUACAUGAGAAUAAUAUAACGUAAAUAUGACAAACAUAAAGGAAAAGCCAAAUGCUGAAUAAGCUAAACAGUUGAAAAAACCACCAUAUAAAUCACAAUAUAUGGUAUCGCAAUACUUACUGUAUUGCAAAAUGUUAAUAAUCGCAAUAAUAUCGAAUCAUGGCCCAAGUAUCGUGAUAAUAUCGUAUCGUGGGCCACUUGUGAUUCCCACCCCUAUGAGGUAGUACUCCAAAAUGUUUUCAUCUUAUUUUAUGUUAAUAUUCUAGAUUAUGUGUCUCUCUUCUUUAAAAGUGUUGUGUCUUAUCAUAAGUCUUAGAUAAAGAUAAUCUUUCAUGGUGUUUAAUUGUCCAAGCAUGAGUCUUGAACCCAGAAACUGAACCUCUUUGGAUGCAGACUGUAGUAUUCACAAGUUCUUCCUCUUUUUCAAACACCAAAAAAAGCCUUCAUCCCAGCUGGGCAGUGGACUCUUUAUGGGGUGACGGCUGAACAUUUGAAAGAAGUGAAAAGAAAAUCUGUAUUGGACCUACCCUGUAAGAUUUAACUUGCUUUAAUCAGUACCUGCUUUCUUGGCUCAGCCCUCUGCAAACACACUGUAGGUUAAUGCCAUGCUUUUACAGCCAUACUAUAGACACUGUGGCAUUUGGCAGCUUCACUCUCACUGGCCUAAUGUAUUUUCUCAAUCUGGUUGGUAAUCCCAACAAACAGUGGAUGCAUCUGUCCAAUGCUGAAGCCAAGCCUCCAAAUGCUGCAUGGAUUACGCCCUGAAUGGAUGGUAAUACUACUGGGACUCUGCUGGGAGUCUGGAGUUUGACAGCCAGCCAGCCGCUUACAUAAUUUGAUUGGUGUUUGGGAAUACACAAACCACAUUUAGGGUCAUUUUCCUGGUGAUGAAUUAGAAGUCAGCAAGCAUUAAAUACCGAUAUGUAAAGAUGAAGAGCACAGCUAUAAUUGAACUCUCUGAUUACCCCAGCUUCCUGAUUGGAUCAUCAGUCAGUUUUUCCCUUUAAAGCGGCCAUUUCACUAGAAGUUUUUCCUUUUGUAUGCCAACAAGGAUAUUCCAAUAACUGGUUAGAGGAGUUAAAUCUGAGACUAAAUGUCAGUUGCAUGUUGUUGAACCGAAAUGUCAGUCUUGGUUAAUGAGGAACUGGGCGGCAUUAACAUGGAUUAUUUUUUUCAUCAGUCAUAGCUGGUUUUGGCCGGUGUUGAGCAGUUGAGGAUGGCGAGAGUGUAGAUGAAAUGUGACUCUGAGAGAUGCCUGUGAGCAAUGUUGAAGCUUGAGUCAUUGUCACACUAUUUACUGUACUGUAUCCCAUGGCUCUGCGUGAGUCAGAGGCAGCAGCAUCUGAGGAAUGGGUCCUGAUUUGGUUGCUUUUAAUUUGUCCUCAGCUCAUGCACCCAAGACACCCCCUGCUCUAUAAAUACUAAACGUUUGGUUCCAGUUUUUUGUACCUGUGUGUACCGAUAAGCUCCGAAAAUCUAUCUUUAUUUCUCCUCCUUCAGGAAAUCACAACCCUCCUUCCUUUCUCCGGCAUCUCCCUGGACAUCCUCCCAGACAGCAGCGAUCUGGGAGCUGACCUGAGUGACUACAUCCAUCACCGGGUCAGCAGCAGCUCCCAGGUCGCGGUCAACGUCACAACACCGACAGGCUCAGCUCCCGAUCAGCUGCUCCUCAGCAAGUUCAGUAGCCAUCUGACUACACGCAGUCACGGGUCCAUCCUCUACCUGCAGCUCACCCUGGAUCUGUUCCACAAGGGUCACCUGUCUCUAAAAGGGGGGAACUACCUGGUGGUGCCUGUUUCCCUGUCAGAGGUCAGACAUGUAGAGCACUGUCACAUUUGUUACACUGGGGGUUCAGUAGCACUAAGCAGCAAGUGGAGAUGUUAAAACUAUGAUAAAAUGAUGUCUCUACCGUUAAAAAAAAAUGUCCAAAUUCAAUAAAAAGGCAGUUUAUUAAGAAAGCGAAAGAAACUUCUUGCAGGUCAAACCUUUUGACGGAAGUUGACGUACCUGCAUGAAUCUCACAAUGCAUUUGUGUCCAACUUAUGAAACAUAACUUUGGAUAAAAAAGAUUUAUUAUAUGUCUUGUGCAAAAGUGGUGAAAAAUUAUCAGUUUAAAAAUAAAUCAACAGUUUGAAAAUUUAGAAGAAAGCAAUGUGGUCAACAUAGGACAACAGUGAGUGUUGGUGUGCACACAAAGACAGUGAGGAUUUAAUGGGUAUGGAUGGAAAAGCAUGAACACAGGUGAGUUAUAGACGUGUAGGCUGAGGUAGGUUACAGUUAAAAUUACACAGGUAGGAUGUGGAGACCAAGUCGAAACCAGCGUGGGUGGUUAAAAUGAUCCAGAUUGCUAAAUGUAAUGUUAAAACAGUCAAUUUAAGAAAAGAAAGGAAAAUCAACCACCAAAACCGUUUUUGAAAGAGAAGAGUAAGAAGUAGUGAGUUUAAGGAGACGCCCAGUUGGUUGACAGGACCGGCUAAAACUGAGAAACAGUUCACAGUUGAUGCAGAGUUAGCUGACCAUAGUGGAUAAAUACUGGAGCAAAUAGUUAAACAGCAGAACUUUAAAUUGUGGGCAAACACUUGGAAAAGUAAGCUAAAAGAAGUAAUGGAUGCCCAACGGCUGUAGCUAGCUUAAAUGAUGGAUUAAUAGUUGGUGGGGUGACCAUAAGUCCUCUUUUACCCGGACAUGUCCUCUUUUUUGGGGGCUGUUCGACUUUGUCUGGGGAAGUUUAUAAAAUCCUUAAAAUGUCAGCAGUUUUGUACGUAAGUUUCGAUUUUGUGUCACGUGGACUUACUGAGUUAGAAGCACAUCAAAGACACUCGAUUCCGACCCGAAAAACUCUCAAAAUUAACUUCGUGCGACUCUGUGACUCCGCCCCUGUGUAGUCAUGUCCUCUUUUUGGGAAGUUAAAAUAUGGUCACCCUAAAUUAGCUUUAAAGUGAUGCAUCAGUGGCUGAAAUAGUUCAAUUGAUUAAUUGAUUGAUUGAUUGAUGGUUGAAAGAGAAAGCUUAAUAGCCUUGUUCUCGGGGCGCUGCUUGGCCUAGCCACAGUCACUGUUUGACUCCCUGCUUCAACUCUGUGCUUCAUGCCAUCCCCCACUCACCCCACUUUUCGUAUCUCUUUUUAGCUGUACUGUCAAGUGAAGGUAAAAGUUCCCCCAAAAUAACUAAGAUGAAUAAUGCAUUCUUUUCUAAAGUAGCUAGAUUAAUUGACGGAUGAAUGGUUGAGAGAGAAAGCUGAAAUUAAUGGAGAAUUACUGAAAGAGUAAAAUCAGCUAAACAUGGUAUCAAUAAAUUGUUAAUGUAUCCAAAAAUCAUUGUUAAAUAUUUAUAGCCCAACGUUUGGCUCUCAUAACUUGUAGUGCUGAAGCUGGUUUCCUUAAAAACUUUUCAUAAAACACAAAUUAAGAGUUUGGAGUUUACCUGCUACGAAGCAGCACUGUUUCUAAAACAUGAGAGCUAAAACAACACCGUUUACCUCGUGUGUAUUUUUGGACCCACCCUCUUCUACCUCAUCUGGUCAUAUUCACAGUCUAACACUUAACACUUGUCACUCAUCCCGGUGAGCUGUCUUCCGUGAAAUGACAUCUCGCCUGAGGAAGAAGCAAUCAAUGUCCACAAAAUCCCCACACAAGGUACAUGGGCGACAACCAUUGUUCGGGGAUGUUUUUCUUCCCAAAAAGAGAACGAGUCUCCUCACUCGCUUUUCAGAGCAAUAAAAGAUUUUUUUUUAAAGAUGACAGGAUCAAAGACUUGAUUCAAAGUGACAAAAAUAGUCUGCAGCGAGUAAAGUCAAACGACAGAUGCAUCUUAAUGUUUCAUACUCAUCAGUAUAAAAUAGGACAACAGUGAGUGUUGGUGUGCACACAAAGACAGUGAGGAUUUAAUGAUUAUGGAUGGAAAAGCAUGAACACAGGUGAGUUAUAGACGUGUAGGCUAAGGUAGGUUACAGUGGGUGGUUAAAAUGAUCCAGAUUGCUUAAUAUUUUAAAGUUAGAAACAUAAUAACCCACAGAGAAACACUUGAAAUACCAACAGAACUUUAUCGUGUUUAUAAGAAAUCUGAUGAUCCAGGAAAGCUGAUAUGCUGACUGAUAUUACAUAUUUCAAUUUCCAUGUCUACAAUAAAAAUGUCUUGUCGAAUCACUGACAGAUUUCCUGUAUAACUUGCAAAGAAAAAUAUAAACCCAUGUGUGUCCAGUAAUGUCAAUAACAUCAUGUGCUGACUGACUUCGUGGAUUUCUGUCAGGUGUACCUGCUGAUGUGUCGUGUGAGCUUUCCGGAGAAAGACGUCUUUGAACGAGUACUUCCAGUGCUAAAUGUGGCACUGGCGUCUCUGCACCCACUGACUGAUGAACAAAUGUUCAGGGCGCUGAAUGCAGGCAGUGUGAGGGGGGAGCUGGAGUGGAAGGACUUCCAGCAGAGAUUAGACAGCCUGGCUGGAUUCAUGGUAAGACUCUUGAUAUGACUGCAAGGAUUGAACAUAAUGAUACCAGCUUGUGUUUUAGAAGUUUUGCUGUUUUUUUCCACCGACAAUUAGUGAUGUAAAUAUUGUUUCUGUAAGGAAUGACAGGUUCUGGAAUGACAGCGUCUGUUUUUACAAUGUCCAGUAAUUGCAGCUUUGUGAAAACAUGUCAUAUUAUUUGUGUUUUUAGGUAAAACGCAGGGAUGGCACACGGAUGCUGUGUCACCCCUCUUUUAGGGAGUGGCUGGUUUGGAGAGCAGAUGGAGAGAGCAAUGACUUUCUGUGCGACCCAAGGUGAGAAAAAGAGUUUCUUUAAGAUACAGAAUUUAUCCAUUUAGGAAGAAGAGUAAACGGGACCAUUUCUUAUAAAUAACCACUUUAUGCAUGUCCAACAGGAGUGGCCACGCCCUCCUCGCCUUCAUGUUCUCCAGACAGGAGGGCAAACUGAACCGGCAGCAGACUAUGGAACUGGGACAUCACAUCCUUAAGGCUCACAUAUUCAAGGUAGAGGAGCUGAGUAUAAAUAAAAAGUUGGCUUUUAACUGGAAGUGACCAUUUGUUAACUCUUCUGAAUCUCCCUUACUCCCAAAAGGCUCCAUGAUCUUUUACAUUAAUCUAUAAACACUUAAAGAUGCGCACAUUUGAGCGUGAACUACUGUCCCUACCACCACCCACACGCAUUAGCACAACUCCUAUAUGUGAACAUCCACCGCACAAUGAAUAUUGUACUGUUUGCAUGCACAGUUGCACUCUGUGUAUAGUGCUGUACUCCUGGGACACAAUUCAAAUUCUGCACCACAGAUCUCAUCUAAGCAAGUUUAAUCUUUCUUUCUCUCUCUCUCUCUCUGAAUCCAUCUGUGUUUCUCUCACGCACUCACAGGGCUUGAGUAAGAAGACAGGUGUGUCCUCCAGCGUUCUUCAGGCCAUGUGGGUGAACUGCAGCACAGACAGUCUGUCCGCUGCACUGGCCUCCCUGAGGAAUUUAUACACACCUAACAUCAAGGUUACAUACAUGAACUCACUAAAAAUAGCACCUAAAUAUAUGAUGCUAUAAAAUUAAGUAAAGCCAUACAAGCAAAGACGUUGUUCUGGAUUUCAGCACAGAGGUGGUUCAGUCAGAAGCAGGAGGCUGAGAUAACCAUGGCUGUGCUGAAGUCCAGAGAGAAGGGUUGUACUUUUAUGAAAGCCGCACUUUUUAGUUAAUAGAUCGACAACUGACCGUUAAUUCUUUGGCUAAUUUCUUAUUUUGUUUGGCUUUACAAUGACGAGUUUUAGGACUUACAAGAUGUUGGAAAUAUGCACAUAGUCUCGUUGGAAUCACCCAUGAAUUUUUAAAGAGAGGUUGUGAAGCCAAAAGAUGGAAGGUCCCACAUUGGAAAUGCUCCAAUGAACUGUUGGCUCAUCUAGAGACAGGCUGAGAGGUGGAGCUCAGCCGGGUCUUAAGCCAACUGGCAAGCAGCAAAAGUGUGCCCACCUAUCAGUUAAACCAGCCACACCCCUGAUUACUCCUAAAUUUGCACAACUUUCAUCUAAUCAGACAUAGUGACAAAAUUCUGUUGUUUGAGGUCCGCUGAUCAGCUCCAACUCGUCCCUAAAACUUGUUUGAAAACCUGUGGUGACCGAGCUUUCUCUGCUGUGGCUCCCGAUUUGUGGAACGAAUUGCCACUUGAGAUCGAAACAUCCCCCACGCUUUCUACUUUUAGCGCAGCAGAGAGUUGUGUGAUCUCUGUCCUUUUAUGUCUGUUUAUGGUCCUUUUUUCACUUUCAUUUCUUUUAUGCUUUUGUGUUUUUGUUUCAUUUCAUUUUAAAUGUUUUUUUUUGCCUGAUUUAUUAAUUUCCUUGUGACGUUUUUUGUAGCGUUUGUUCUUAUAAAUUUUCCCGUGCAGCUCUUUGGCAAACUUGAAUGUUUUUUAAAAUGUGCUAUACAAAUAAAGUGGAUUGUUGUUAUAACCAGAGAGAUAGCAAUGAAAAGCACUUCUGUAGUGUGCUGUAACCAGUAAAUGUUUGAUUCUGCUAUGAUAACAUGAUAUUAUAACAUACAGUCGACUCUACUGGUGUUUCUGUGGCUCUUAGAGCCAGCUUCAAGUGGACAUUUGAGGAACUGCAGAUAUGCAUGUAUGCACAUUUUAGCAGACCUUUCACAUUGCAUCAUGCACAUUUCGUCUGUUACUGUAUUGUUUAAACACAAACAUAGACUUUCCCCCUCUUUUACCCUGCAGGUAAGCCGUCUGUUGAUGCUAGGUGGCGCUAACGUGACCUGGUGUACUGAAGUAAUAGGACACGCCCCCAUUCUGGCUGUUCACGCGCACCUGGGGCAUGUAGAGAUGGUUGCUUUGCUGCUUGAAAUGAACGCUGCUGUGGAUGGGACCACCGACAGCGGCAUGACACCCUUAUGUUUGGCUGCAGCUGCAGGACACACAGACAUCGUCACCCUGCUCUGCAAGAAAGGGGCCAAGGUAAGUGUCCCAUCUGAGGAAGAUGUUGGUUUUAAAGGCGUGAACAGUAACGUUAUCACUGAUUAACCAGAUUUAGAUGUGUGACAGCGCACUAUCUUUUAAUACCUUUACAUCAGUGAUAUCCUGAACAGCUCUGGCUUUACGUCACCAGAGUUUCAGGAUCUAUUUUGGGAGACCGAUGACAUAAACAGGUCCAAUCUAGGCCAGGGUAUUACAGACAGCAGCCAGGAUCAGGGUUAUAAGUCCGUCUGUGUCCCCCCUCUGUGCCAGGUGGGCCAUGCUGAUAAGAGUGGCCAGUGUGCUCUUGUCCACACUGGGCUCAAGGGCCAUACAGACAUCAUCAACAUCUUGCUGGGCCAGGAUUGGGGAGCAGAGAUCCCCACCGACCCACCGCAGCAGCAGCAGCACCACAGCAACGAGACAGUGACUGGGAAAGCACAGGCAGCACAGCAGGCGGUAACAGCUGCAGCCAGUGUGGGACACAUACAAGUGCGUAUCAGCUCCUAAUGACAAAACACAUUUCUCAUCUUCAUUCACUUCUUUAAAUGUGAGCUUCCUGUCCUGCUCGAUUAAGAUGACUGAUGAGACGUUUUUUUUUUUCUGUUGUCUGUGGUCAAGGUCUGUGGGGGCUUUGUAGGGUUGUUUUUUUGUGCACAGUGAGCCAGCAAUACAGAGGAAUUAUGAGAUUGUUUUGUUUGUGUGUGUUUUUUUUCUGCAGGUGGUGAAGAGCCUGCUGGACUUGAAAGAUGAACAGCUGGCAGUGCAGAUGGAUGCCCACGACUCUCUCUGGGGAGAAACGGGUACUUCUCCUCUAUCAGUUGGAUAAAUUUAGCUUUCUCACCUCUUUCUGUCCGUCUUUGUGGUUCCAGAGUCACGCUCAGAGGUUUUAGAGUUGCAUUUAAGGGGAAAUUCUUGCUCUGUGCAUCGGGUUGGUAUUAAUCAAAAGACAUAUUCAGACUCUUACACGUGACAGGAGCUGCGGGACCUCUGGAUACCAAAAAAACAAUUUUAGUAUUAUGAUUUUAUGAUGCUCUGGUUGAUAUCAAACAGUUGAUUCAAUUGAAAAUAGUUUUUUUUGUUUUUGGCAGAAAUGCAGCAUCAUUUAUCACACAGAACAUCUCGCUCAGCCGUAUUUGUAGCUUCUAAAAAACCAGCUGUUAUUCAAUUGUGAUACUUUUACCUCUAACACAGAUAGGACAGUGCAGCCUGCAGGAUUCUGUUAGGAUCAUUUCCUGGAAGCAUGCAGGAUGAAGCCUGUAUCCCUGCCUUCAGCGCCAUUAGAGGCUAAUUCUAUUACACAGUCCCCUCCAGUGCUGAGAGAGAAAAAAACGAGAGCAUGAAAUAGCCUCUGAAACAUUCACCUUUGCAUUUACAGCACAAGGGCUUUGUGUGGGGUUUAUGUUUGCGACCACCACCUGCACUCUAGAAGGUUUGUAUGGGUAUGUAUAGGGUGCAUGUGUAUAGGAGUGUAUAUAGACAUAGACAAAAUAGGCAUGAUGGUAGAUGCAGGCAGAUAUAACACUCUCCUACUACAUUAUACUCAUCUCUCCUGUACUUUUUCCUGCAUUUUUAAAAUUAUUCCACUGUGGGCUGGAGAGAAACGUCUUUUUUCAAUUCCUGUCUGUGUAGGGGAGACCGGGGCUUGUUGUCACAUGGGUAAGUUGUCACAUUGCAAGUAUCUUUGCCACCAGAGGGCGCAAUUAAAAAGUGGAAUACUAGUUUUCUUCCUUUACAUGGUCAGGGGUCGUGUCCUGUAUGAGAAGAGAAGAGCACAAUGUGAGCUGAGAUGAGCGCCAAUUAACCAUUUUGCACAAUCCAAAGUAAAACAUUUUAACUUUAUAUAUUUUAAAAUAAUCUUAUCCUAGCAGUGAUACAUGUGGACUUGUUAGAGGAGAGAUUAAGACAUCCUGUCAUACCUCAGUCAUUGUUCUGUUUUAAGCUAACUUUAAGCUAGAGCUUUAAUCAGCAGACAUGGCAGUUUGGGGCAACUUUGGGGUUAGUUAUCACAUGUUUAAAGGGAUUAAAAUAAAUAUAGAGAGUGUGCUUAUCAGAAGUUGUCAUCUUGAAAUUUUGACUUUAUUUUAUAGAGAAAAGAGUGGUUUAAAGGAGAGGAUGAAGUGAGAAGACAUGGUCAGGAAUUACAAAACAAAAACAGUACAUGGCAGUGCAGUACCUGACAUGAUGCUGAGGACAGUCAGACAGGUGACCCUCGCUAAUAAAUCAAUCUGGAGUACAAUAAAGGACUUUCAUGUCAACUACCAUACCUUGGCUCGGUACUGCAAAACAUUCACCCCAGCCGAAAUACAGAGUCAGACAGCUCUCCAAACUCCAGAGCAUGUUGCAUCAUAUUUUAUGUUAACGUUUGUUUAAUGGCUAAAAUCGACGACUUUCUCUAGCUCAAUGAUAAAUAUUUUCUAUGCCUGACUUUAAUAACAACAAUAAUUUUAUUCUUGUUUUAUUAGCUGCAAAAUCCACUGUGACAUUUUACCCCAUAUGGUGAGACAACUUACCCGAUGGUGGGGCAACAUGGCACAUGUUUACUUGAGAAUUUGAUCUUUCAUCUGGAAAUCAUUCUGUUUAUACAUGAUGUAUUGAUUCCAAGAAAUAUAUAAGAGUGUAAAAGGUGUGACAACAAGCCCCGGUCUCCCCUACCCCCUGGUUAACAGUCCUAGAAUUCAAAGUAAAGGAUAAUUUUUAGGUCUGACAAAUUGGCCAGAGAGUUGUACUAUUUUGGGGUACUGAUGUUAGCCAAGACAGCAGUGCAGUAGUAUGUGUGUGUGUGUGUGUGUGUGUGUGUGUGUGUGUGUGUGUGUGUGUGUGCGUGUGCGUGCGUGCGUAGCUGCUCAAAGUCACUUUAACCAAUGACUACCAGGCAGUUUGCCAAUAAAAUCCACUGCCUAUCAAAGACAGUAACUUCUCUGUAAAAGCCUGACUGACUUGUUCACUGAAGCAUGCCAUCACAUGAAACAUAAGGGUAGGUAAAGGUGAGAGGAUUGCACUGAUACCUCUUCUCUAGCCAAGGGAGGUGCAUACUGAAAAGGUUUUGGUAUAUCUUACUGAAUGUGUGUCAGAACAAUUAGAAAUAACCAUCUGUCGGUGUCCUAGAGUUCUUGAAGAGAAAGGAUAAGAAGGAAGAAGUGAAGCCGACUUUGAUCAUUUUGCAGGAUCCGUCAGAUGUUCGAAUCAAAUAGCUGAAAGAACAACCAGCCUUGUUUUUCUCUCUGUUUCUCACUCCUGCCUCUACUUCUCUCCUAAAUGUGUCAAUUACAUAUUCUCCUCCGCCUCGUCAUCUCAUCUCUAUGCUGCCUCUCUGUCAGCUCUGAGCGCGGCAGCAGGGAGAGGGAGGAUGGAGAUGUGUUUGUUCCUCCUGGAGCGGGGGCCUGGGCUAGAGAUACCUAACCGCAGGGGGAUGGUCCCGCUGCUCAGCGCCACCAAACAUGGACACACACAGGUCAGGAGAGGUCACUGCAUGUUCUUUCGCUUACUAGCUUUGUUUUUGGGGUGAAGAGAUGAUAAUAUUCUCGCCUUUCUCAGGUUGCGGAGCUGCUCCUGAAGCACGGUGCAGACAUCAAUGUCAGCGACAAGCAGGGUCGCACUCCCUUGGUACUAGCAGCGGCUGAGGGUCACACAAGCACAGCUGAACUCUUGCAGCUCAAGGGUGAGAGACCCAACCCCCUACAGUUACACCAUAUACUGAAUUGAUGAAUUGUUGAAUACUAUUAGUUCUGUUUUUGCUCCCAGGUGCCUCUCUGUCUUCGACCGAUCAGGAAGGGCUGACUGCUUUGAGCUGGGCCUGUAUGAAGGGGCAGAAGGGUACGGUGCAGCUUCUCGUGGAACUGGGCGCCGAUGUUAACCAUCCGGACAGACAGGGACGGACACCUCUGGACAUAGCUGCUCUCAACGGGGAUGCAGAUACAGUAGGUUUCAUGAUGUUCAAAACACAAUUAUGCAACAAUGAUUGGAAGAGUCGACUACAUACAUGUUUCACAUUCGCACAAACGUUUGAAGCUUUUUUGAACUAAUUAAAUAAAUUGUAAUUACUAGAAUAAUGAUAAUUAUUUGUAAUUGUAACACAGGUCAUUAAUUUGCAAUUGUAGUUAACUGUGCUGUAAAAACCCUCAGUGUGAGCACCUUGACUACAGCUCUUGUAAUUUCAUUGAUCAGCAUGAUAGUAAUCAGCACAUUCCCCUGAGGUAUUGAUUGGCAGACGUCUUGAUUUCUGCAGCAUGCAAUCAAAAUAAUAAUGUUAAUACCUCACAGCCUGCUCUUUUCUCUUUAGUUUGGAGUAUAAAAUACAGUUUUACCUCCGUGUCUGUUAAGGUGCAUUGCUUGGUUGAACAUGGAGCUGUGCUGGAGAGAGCAGAGAACAGCAGAGGCUCAGACCGAGCCACUGGAUGCCAGAACCCGGCUCUGGUGGCUUCGCUUCUUAAGAAAGGAUCCAAAACAGGUACAAAUGACAUGUUUUUAUGAUGGACCUGCGAUAAAUCCAGCCUCUAUGGAUUUUAUACUCAAUAGAAGGAGUAUCAAUAAUACUGAAGGUGACACAACACAGUUAAAAAGCUCCACAAUCAGCAGGACAGCUUCUAAUAUGAGCAUAAAGUUAAAUCCCGGCUGUGUAUUUAUAUUUCCAUCAGUCUCAACCGAUUAAUGAAGACUCAGCUCCCUCCGUUUUAUGUGCCAUACUUUGGCACCUGCAAGCUCUGCAUAUCUAUGACUUUAUAAUCGCCUGUUUUACUGACAUUAAUUAUUUUCCUUCUGGCCUCACUCCACUUCUCUAACUCCCUCUUUUUCUGUUGCCCAAAAGGCUACAGAACGGCUCCACACGACCGAUCAGGUACAUGAUUUAUAUGAGACACACAGAAAGAAAAAAAAGAAAGAUAUUGUGUUGAAAGAUAAAUAGUUGUACUUUUUUUUCCAGGCCAUGCUACAUGGGCUUUGGCUUCCUCCAAGCCUGACAUUCUCCUCAUCCUGUUGCAGAAGCUCAUGGAGGAAGGGAACCUGCUUUACAAGGUGUGCGAUGGUGUGAGGUUUUUGCAGCUUGAAAUGGACUUCAAAGGUGUUUUUUGUGGAUUCACUGAUCGAAAACGUGUCUUCCCUUUCCCCCCCCCUCUGUCUCUUAUUUUCUCCCCCACCUCCCUGUGUGGUGCUCAGAAGGGACGUAUGAAGGAGGCAGGCCAACGUUAUCAGUAUGCCCUGAGGAAGCUCCCUCGUGAGGGGCAAGGAGAGGAGCUGAAAGGGCUCAAAGACCUGCGGGUGUCUCUCUAUCUCAACCUCUCUCGCUGCCGCAGGAAAACCAAUGUAAGGCCCACAGCUCUAUCAAACUGCUCAUGCACUAUUUAGCACCGGCAGGUUUAUUAGAUGCUGAGGGAAUGGCAGGAGGGCUGGAGAGGCAAGGUGGAUGUUUCCCUUAGAUAUAUAUAAUUUAUCUGUAUCAACAUAAAAAGAUAAUGUCAGAAGCAGUGUGGCUCGCUGUAAAAAUAUCUCAGCUUUUCAGGUUUAAUUUCAUAUCUCCCCCGGUAAACAGAACGUACGUGUAAGACCUGGAAGCAGGUGGUGACAUAAUGAAUAACCGUGUGCUGUUAGCGCCGAGAUGGAUGUGUGUGGCCCGCAGCCAGCUCUGGAACCCACCCUGCUGAUGACAGACGUCCUAACAGACUGUGUAAAAAUGCCAUCCUUAGGGUCACUGUGGCCGAUGAAUAAUGGAGCAGAUAAUGUGAUGUGAUAAGGUCACUCUCUCUGGCAGACCAAGCGAGCGCACGCUCUCUUUCUCUGCGUCUCUACAGGGGGUUAUUUACAGUGGGCGUGCGAGUGGGCUGUCUAAACCCACAUAUUAUAUCAGAAAGUGGGCAGUAAAGGCCAGCAGAGAGACUACAUGAUACCGUCAUUAAACAUUCAACACACAACGUUCACAAUCUCACAUCCGAGGCUGCCAUUUUGACCUCCCUCUCAAGGACAGAAUCACAAUGUGUUGGUGUCAUUAGAUAUUCACCUGAGAGUGAUGAUGAGCGCUGAGGAACACGCCGCUCUCUGUCUGUCUUUUCCUCUCGCUCUCUUUAUUGUUCUUGGUCAAUAAAAAUUAUCACAGACUGAGCUUGGUUUCAUUACACAGGCUUCGAUUUUUUCGGAUCCAUAUAACGAGGAUGCAAACAUAUUUUUUUUAUAUGAAUCAUCUUGGUUUGUUUCUGCAAAGCAAACAUUUUCCAGACGAGUCACUUAAACACACAGCUGAUCACACAGUAGGUUUAUUUGUUUCUAUAUCUAAAUUCAAAUGCACUUUCUUCUCUGAACGCACAGGAUUUUGGCAUCGCUGAGGAGUUUGCAACAAAAGCCCUGGAACUCAAACCCAGGUCUUAUGAAGCAUUUUAUGCCAGGGCACGUGCCAAGAGGAGCAGCAGGUAAAAACAAUUAAAUGGAGUUCAUUAUUUCGGAGCAAACUUAAUAGAAAGUUGUUCUUGUGAGAAUCAGCAAUUCGCUGAAACGCCACGUCUCAGUGGUGCUGUAAAUUCAGUGUUUUGAAAGUUCCUUUGUUCCCUUUCUCUGUCCUCCCCAGGCAGUUUGCUGCAGCGCUGGCAGACCUCCACGAAGCAGCACGACUCUGCCCGUCCAACCGGGAGAUCCGUCGCUUGCUGGUUCGGGUAGAGGAAGAAUGCAAACAUCAUCAGAAGGCGUGCAGCAACAACGCCGCACCGGGCUACACCAGGGACCCUCACGCCCACCACCAUCCAGCAACCGAGGAGGAGACAGACGCUUUUUCGCAGGGUAGUCUGGAGAGGCAGAACCCCGCAGAGCAGACUGACACCGACAAGGAUGAAGAGAGGGAGGAAGAUGAAGAGGUGAGCCUGCAGUGUGGGAAAAGUCCAGAGUUUUGGCCUCUGAAUCCGUACGCUCCGAACCGGACUCUCCCUGGAGGCGUGGCCUUUGGUUUACCGGAUCAGUCACCAUGUUUCCCUCAAGAGGAAUUUGUUCAGAACCCACUGUUUGUGGACUUAACCGAGACGGUUCCUGCCAUGAACAGGCAGAGCCAGAGCAGCAGGACUCAUCACCACUGCCACUCUCUCCAGGCCGGGGGCAGAGUCGGGGGCAGGCCUCUUUCUUUGUGUGGCCCCUCCAGUCCUCUGCCAGGCCGACACAUCUCCACUUCUCUGAGGCCUGCUGGGGUGCUUGGAAUUGACAUUGGUCCUGGAUCCAUCAGUGAACAUUCAGGACAUAGCCCCACUGAGCACUAUCACCCCAUGUCCCCCAGCAGCUCCUCCCCGCCCGGACCACUCCAGAUGUACCAGCCCCGCUCCUCCAGCUUUUCCAGGGGCUCUGAUAGAUUCUCCACUCACUCUGUGGCCCUGGAUGGCCUGGCUCUCGCUCUUGGGUCAGGUAUGGAAGUGAGGAGGGAGGGUGGAGGAGGUGGAGGAACAGCGGGCUCAAGGGGCUCUAGCUCCAGUCAGGCUUCCAGUGGGAAUCUAUCAGAUGGUGGCAGGCAGCAGGUUCCUGAAGCUCCGUGCCCGAUCAAGAGCAGCGGCAGCUUCAAGACCAAACCUGAGCUGAAGCCUCGACCGUUCAUGGGGGUUAUGGACAAAUCAGUGCGAGUCCAGGGCCAGCAGACCUCCGGCAUGAGCCGAGGAGGGGAAAGCUUCAGCAUGUCGGUGAUGGAGUUUCAAGGAUUCAACAAUGAGUUCAAACGCGCUUCAUUCCAGGAGCAGCUCUCUGGAAGUCAGGCCAACAGCCAGCAGCAAAGCAGGGACUUUGGAGAGCGGCUCCACCAGCGAGAGGCCAGAGGAACGACCUCCUCCCAGCUACGCUUUCCUGAGGGAGGGAGGCACAGACAGGCAAGCCUAACAAGGGACAACCCGGCUCUGCACAUGGCGCCCAUCAAGCCCAAACGCUCAUUUAUAGAGUCCAACGUCUGAGCGAAGUUCACAGAAGCACAGACCCGGGCGUUCUCCAAACUCUGUCCCACUUAAGGUAGCGAGGGAGCCUGGUCUGGGAGCAGCUCCCUUACCUGAGCCUGUUUUGUAGAUUAAUGCUGCUGCACUGCAUUUACAACCUAGAACCAGUGUUCUACUCAGGCUAUGCUGCUUUUGCUUACAUGUCUACAGCUACACUAGUGUAUUCAAGGAAAUCAGACAAACCUUAGUAAGGAUUUAAAAAGCGAGUAGUAUAUUGUCGAAACUUUAAUUUAUUAUAUUAAAUAUAGCAGUCAGAGAAAGCUUUGUGCACGAAUAUAAAAACCUCAUGCUAUUAGUUGCAAGAUAAGACCAUUUCUAUUGUCAUGUGUCUUUUAAAAAACAUUUAUAUUUGUACGGUGUACACUAUAUUUGCAGAUUAUAUAUUUCCCUGUUAGUGAAUAUCUGUCAGCAUUACAAGCUGUGUACUUGAGAUUCUUUUUCUUGGUACAUUUGAUAAAAAGGCACUGUACAUGACAUUGUUGGAAACUUAUCAUCAUAAGCUAAUACUGAAUCAAUGGCUUCAAUAUUCACAGUAUAUGUUAUUUAUUUUUGCAUAGCAGAGAACAUAUAAAGUGUUAAGAGGUUUAUUUGGACAGAGAGCAUACAACAGGCAACAAAAGGAGGAUAACGAACCUUAAUAGACUUCUUACAUUGCUCUACGUCCACAUUGGUCAUAAUAUCCCUUCAGAGUCAUACUAUGAUUACAGAAUGUUACCACGUUGUUUCUGUGGUAUAAUAAAAUAUAAAUGGAGGAUUACAUUUCUCUACAUCUAAUUCUUUUACUAUGUUAUACAGAAUUUCAUAAUAUACAGUAUAUAAAGUGUUGCCUUAGCUUCAGAGUGUGUAUGGGUGGAAAAAAAAGUGUCUUUUCCUUUCACAGUACAACUAAACUUUUAAUCAAUAAAAAUAUGCCAUCAAAAUAAAAAAAAGUGCAAAAAUAUGAGCAAUGCUAUCUGGUUUUCAGAGAUCCGUCUUUAUUUAUCAUGUCCAACAUAAUCUCUGAAUAUUUACAUAAAACUACUUUGGAUUCAGUUAAGCUUUAACAGCCUGUUAAUUUUUGGUUAUUCAGCAGAUAAAGAGUUAAAGAAAUAGGCGGGUACUGUGAUACGCUAGACCGCAACACACCAAGCUUCCCACAUGAGUGAGGUGCAAAUUUAGCUUUGUUAGAGCCUGAUAUGUAACAAUGACCCGAAAUUAAAAAAAAAUAAAAGUAAUAAAGCCCGAAAUUAAAAAAAAUAAUAAAAAAACGAAAUGUAAAAAAAAAUAAAUAAAUAAAAUUUUUUUAAUAAAGCCUGAAAUUUAAUAGUUCGUCAAUAAUGUAACUUAAGGGUUGAGCCCAAAAUGUCAUUAAAAUAGUGUAAAAAAUAUAUAUAUAAUGUAAUAAUUGACCCAAUACGUAACAAGUUGCUACAUUUUGGGCAAAAAGUUACGACGUUUUGGGCUAAGCAUCUUGUUACACUAUUGACCAUUUGUUACAUUUUGGGUAUCAUUACAUUUUUUUGUUUAAUAACAUUUCGAGUCAUUGUUACAAAUCAGGCUCUAACAAGCCUGUUUUUGUUUGUUUCUGGUUUUUGAAAGUCAAGAACUAUGAGUUAUGAUUAUGAGAUGUAAAAAACAGCAAUUAUUAACUUAUUGAGAGAAAAUGAAAUAAAUGAUGUACGAUUGUAUGUCUGCUUAGGCUUCUAUAUGCAACACAACAGGGCCUCUCAAAGUAUUUAUUUCACCAGUAAGCACUUUGUUUAUCUUCACUGAGCAGAAUUAAAGGAAAGACCAGUUUUUAAAAUAGUUUAAAAAGGCUUCGUAUGGACAGAAGAAGUGGCUGUGACCAUAAAUGUCAGAUCUGAAUAAAAACUAUAUUAAUGAUUUAACAUUAUAGAAGCCUACAGUUUCAAAGUUAAUGUUAUCGUGAUGGAUUGCUUGUUUAGCAAUUUGUGAAGCAGGUUCUUCUAUCAAGAUUGACUCCCUGUUUGUGCAAAUGACCUUAAGCUUAAGCAAGGUGGCUUUUUUAUUUUAGGAAAGGCAAGCAGACGAAGGCAUCAUUUUGAGUAAGAAGACAAAAGGAGAUUUACUCAUGAAGAUAUAAGAUUCACCCUGCAUUUCAGGCAGCAUAGUCUUGGCACAUGAUUGCAUAUUAGCGUAUCAGCCAAUAGUUUCUUAUUAUCACAUCCAGCAGUUGUAGACAAACAUAAUCAAACAUGCAAAGCUGUUUAAAGUAACCUUGUGAAUCAAAGAUCGAUAUUCUUUCGCCUCUGUCACUGUGUUCAUCAUCUGGCUUUUAACCUUGACUUCUGUGUGUUGCAAAGAAAGUAGUGUUCAGGGUUUUAGAGCGUCACAAAGAGCUUCAGUCCUCACUGAUACAACAACACGAAGCUCACUAUAGAGAUUAGUACUAAUACAAAGAUCAGUUGAAGUUGCUUUAAACUUGCAUUCUUAAUGACGACAAAUGAGCGCUCCUCUGGGAUCUGUAUGAUAUGCAAAUAAGGAACUAAUUAAGUGCAUGAGCUGAAGUGUAUUAAGACCCGCUAGUGUCACCAAGUCUUCACGAUCCUCACCCAUCAGAAACUGCAGCUUUAUCUUUGUACCUGAAAUGUUCAGGCAUGUCCCUGUGAAGACUGGGCUCAAGCAUCUGUCUGCUCAUAUGUUGGGGGUG